AUGCCACCAUCAGUCAUCAACAACGAGCAUGCUUCGGUCAUUUGGCCGAUACAAUCGUUUGCGGUAAGCAACGACUUCAAGUCGCCCCGCCCGGCAAGUCUCCUGCUCGAUCGCGCAAACUCAGAGUUUGGCAUUCUCUACGAGACUGAGCCCGGAGUCAGCGUCAUGGCUCAAUUCCUAGAUACCGAAGAAGCAGUCUACUUCCAGGUGUUCAAGGUGCGCGCAGCAUGCACCCGCUUCAAUAACACUUGUAAGAAGGUAUGCGUCUUGAUGCAGCACUUCCAACUAGAUCUGCACUUCACGAUAGUUGCCCAUGCUGCGGAGUUCCUACAGAAGCUUGCUCGGACUGCCACAAAAGUUAGCAACCUCCACUUUGAGGUCCACGAGGCCGUCUCCAAAGCGGCGAUUGAGCGUCCUAACUUCAACAUGGAGAAGGAGGGCUAUGCCAAUCAGAUCAACCAGCAAUGGAUGGCAAUUCCCGACGAAACUACCUCAGAGUGGGCUCGCAUCUACAAGACUGGCAAGUGCUCCGACUUCACCGUCAUCGCCGGUGGCAGAAUGUUCCCUGUCCAUCGCGUUUUGUUAUGCACUAGGUCGCAGUACUUCAAUGCAGUCUGUGACGGCCAGUUCUCUGUAAAUCUACGGGAUCAUGUUGACUACAGGAUUUGGGACUCUGCUAACAUCGUAAAGGAGACGGAAGAGCGCUCCAUCACUUUGCCUGAGAGCGAUCAGACUGUGAGCACAAUGCUACAAGAGAUCUAUGAAGUCUACAACUCAACAACGAGUUCCAUAUUCACAAGCUUCGCACUUCGACGCGAGAUGGAGAAGGAUCGUGUUAUGAUGGACUUGUUGGCUCUCUUCGUUGCAUUCGACAAGUACAAUCUCGAACCCAUCAAGCAGAAAGCCACCGAAGCCAUCAUUGAUCGCAUGACAUUCAUCCCUGAUCCAUUCAGCAUCGUCGAUCUCGCUGCAUCCAUCUAUGAUGACAAUUUUUUUCAGAACGAUCGAGGCUUGCGCAAGGCAAUCAUCGCACACGUGCAGAUGAGACUGCCCACCAUCAUGGACGAUGAAGCUGCGUGGGAAGAAUACUCGGAGAACAAGGCUGUCCCUAAGGCACUGCACACCCACCAGCGUGACAUGAUGGAUGGCGCUUUUGGAGUACUCACGCCGCCGGUCAGCCCGACGAAGAACAAUACUCUUGAAAGCCCAAUGGUGCAACCUCGACACCCUCGCACGUGCACGCGCGUCGGCGCUAAAGCUCGGCUUUUGAACCCCGUCCUCCCCACAAUAGAGCCACGUGAAGCCGCGCCCUGCACCGCCACCACCUCAAUGGCCCCCGAUGUAGCCUCCAUGAGCACCACACCGACGACGACGCCGGCCGCGCUCAAGACGUCGCAAAAGCCCCCCACAGGUCCCAAUGUGCUGGAAGUAGUCUUUGGCUCGCUGCUCGUGAAGCCAUGGUACCCAUCCUUCUACCCCGAAGAGCUGGUCGGCCGACGCGUAGACCGGUUGUAUGUAUGCCAAUGGUGCUUCAAGUAUACCACAGAGGAGGUCAAGUUUCUGGGACAUAUGAACGCAUGUCCCCUACGCAACGACCCCCCACCAGGUACACCCAUCUACACAGCAUCCAACUACUCCCUCUAUGAAAUCGACGGUGAAAAACAUAAACUCUACGCCCAGAACCUCUCGCUCUUCGCCAAGCUCUUCCUCGACACAAAAUCCGUCUUCUACGACGUCACCACGUUCCUGUAUUAUCUGCUCAUCGCACACAAGCCGGAGCCCUCCAUACCGAAGCCGCGGUUCGGCGACGGGCCAGAUGAAGAAGAAGAAGCAACACAUGGUGACGACGACAACGUUGGCAGCGCAGCAAAAGGCCAAGUCGUAGGUUUCUUCAGCAAAGAGAAGAUGAGCUGGGACAACAACAACCUCGCCUGUAUUCUAGUUUUCCCACCAUGGCAGAAACAGGGAUUGGGACAAAUACUCAUGGGCGCAAGUUACGAGAUGAGUAGACGAGAAGAAAGGCUCGGUGGACCUGAGAAACCAUUAUCAGACCUUGGCCGCAUAGCCUACACACACUACUGGUCGCAAACCCUCGCGCGCACCAUCAUCAAUAGCCCCACCAAGAAAACCCUCACCAUCCACGACCUCCGCGAUAAGACGUAUAUCGUGCCUGAGGACAUUAUUGCGACGUUGCAAGCUAUGGAUGUGCUGGAGCAGAGGAGAAAGGGGGGUGCGGAUGCGGUCAUCAACAAAGCCAGGGUAAGGAUGUGGGCGGAGAGUAAUGGCGUGGAUGUUAUGAAGGGGCCGGUUGAUACGGAGGCGUUUGUUGUGAGGGAUGCUAGUCGGGGGGUUAGUGAGGAUGGAUGA